CCCCCAGAAGGAGUGCGGAGGUGGGUGGGGCACGUGGCUGUCAGGCGGCAAGUUGAUGACACUGUGUCCGUAGCAUUCUGUUCCAUUGUAAGAACAGAAGAAGCAUAACCGCUGCCGCUGCUUCUUAUCACUGUCUCUUGCUUGUUCUGUUUCCUUUCCCCACUGUCGUCUGUCAGGACUUCCGGUUCUUACAACGAUCUACGUUAGGCCCGGAGCCGUUGCGGGACCCUGUUCCACCACCCUACUGUAAUCGCAGCAGCUCCUCGGGUCGUCCAUACGCGGCUGGAUCUGCUACUGGACCGAUCGGACUGGCAUCAGCCUACCUUCGCUGAGUGUCACAAGUGACAGGGCCGUGCUGUAACCGUUUGAUUUGUGUUUAACGGUACAUCGCAUCCUUAAAGAUGCUGCGGCGCCGGUUGCUGCGGCUGUUUCCUAAACGCUCCAUGAUCGCUUUGUUGUUCCUUUUCUCGCUCUCCUCUUCAUUCCUCUACUUCAUCUACGUUGCUCCAGGAAUCGUGAACACCUAUCUGUUUAUGGUACAAGCUCAAGGCAUUAUGAUCCGAGAAAACAUGCGAACAAUAGGAGCUCAGGUCUAUGAACAAAUGAUUCGAGACUAUCCUUUUGAUCUAAAUCACAGUGAUGCCACUCUUGUUCAAACCACAACGUACUUGCCAGAAGGCUUUACUUACCACCCAAAUCAGACUUGUCCCGAACGACUCCCUUCUAUGAAGGGGCCAGUUAAUGUUAACAUGAGUGAGAUCCACAUGGAAGAGAUAGAAGCAUUAUUUACUCAAAAUUCUGAUAUUAAACAGGGAGGGCACUGGAGGCCCAAGGACUGCAUUCCUCGAUGGAAGGUGGCCAUUUUAAUUCCGUUCAGAAAUCGUCAUGAGCAUUUGCCAGUUCUCUUUCGGCACCUGAUCCCCAUGCUUCAGCGGCAGCGUUUAGAAUUUGCUUUUUAUCUUAUUGAACAGGCGGGAACCCAACCUUUUAACCGUGCCAUGUUAUUCAACGUUGGAUUUUUGGAAGCUAUGAAAGACUACAGCUGGGACUGUGUCAUUUUUCAUGAUGUAGACCAUAUCCCUGAAAAUGAUCAUAACUACUAUGGAUGUGGGCAGAUGCCAAGGCACUUCGCAGCCAAGUUGGAUAAAUAUAUGUAUUUGUAUGCUUUGUUAAGACAUUCGAAAGAAAGACAAGCCCUUGAUGGUCUAAAUAACUUAAAGUAUUUUCCAACCAUCACAUACAGCAGUUUGUAUAAAAAUAUAACUGUGAACUUGACACCGGAGCUGGCUCCGGCGGCAGGUUAA